GCUGUAUUAGCGGGCGUAGUUUAAUCCCUACACAAACCUCAUUGUCGUGUUGUAGAUAUAGACUUAUUUACCGACAGGACGUUGAUUAACUUAGUUUUAACAGGAGUUUCUUGCUGAUAUUUCAUGUAGAGACAAAAUCUUCGUGGAGAUACAAGUACAAAAUGGAUUUUUAAAUGUGGAUUUUAACUGGAUGACAGCGAUCCUAUAGAAAGAUGGUGAUGACGACGACCGGAGCCAGGGAUACCGCUGUGAUGAGGCAACUUCCGGGCGUUCAGGAUGACGUCUUCCGGUUGUCGCCCGUGCCGGCAGACGGCUCUCUUUACAAAUGCCCAGUCUCUACUCCCAUGAACGAAUCCAAACGACCAUUACAUCAUGUCAAAAUCCCAGAAAGUCUUAAAUUUGUGUCUAUAGACUGCAGUCAAAUAGAAAGUUCACCGAGACACACCAUUCACCGACCGGGAACUAAAGUCUCAUCUAAAUUCAAAUCUCCAUUUCGACACGCACGCAAGAAAAAUUUCGAUUACUAUUAUGUGGAUAAGAAAUUUCAAACAAAACUUUCAGGUGAAACGAACACAACAUGGUUAAAAUCGUUAUGUUCUCAACCUGUCGACGAGAUAUUCGGAAAAUACAGACCAAAUGCGCCCCCCGUGACGUCACGACAACAAUCUGAAAGUCGGAUGAGCCGGAACUUUUCGACCCCAGGGGAGUUAGCUAUUAAAGAGGCUUGGGAAGUGAAUAGUUUAAAACGGAUCGGUUCUGCAACGUCACGUGUUUCUAGGUUAUCUAAAAAUAGUCAUUUCACAGAACGUACUGUAUCGCCAAAUUUCACGAUAGUGUCCAAACCAUAUGUAAAAGCCCACAGUGACAGAGCGGACAGUUGUGUGGACAACGUCCCCCACCCGCCUUCCCCAGGAAACACAGUGGAAAAUAGCAGAGCGCCAUCUCGUGGAUCAUUCUACAUCACAAAAGACCCGGAUGAUCAAAUAGAGGUUCAUCCCUACAUAAACACAUCCUCUUAUGACUCAUAUAAACGAAAGGACAGGAAACUACCGGAUAUACACAAAAACAGACGGGUUAAUGGCAGUGUCCCGAUCCAACGGAAGUACUUAACAAACACUUCCGGUUAUGGACUGGCGCGUCGAUCUUCACCGGUAAUGCGAUUUUCCGGAAGUGUUAAAAUGUUCGAUAGAAUCCCCAGCCCACGAACCAGAAACAACUGUACCCUUUGUGCUUUAAACGACACAAAACACAAACACUGAUGAGGGAGUGUAAAAUAUAGGACUAGUUAUUUUUUUGUGAUGUUUUAAAGGAAACAGUGUUUAUUGUUUGGUUGACUGCGAAUUUUGUGUAAAAUGUUAUGUAAUUCGUGGAAGUGUCGAGAUGUCUACAGAUAAAUCAAUUUGUAACGAAAAUUGACUUAAACAAUAGUUUAGAAUUGAAGCUGCUUUUUUGGAUGGCUGCCAUUUAAGCAAAUAAAUUUGACCACACUCCAAAACCUUAAUAGCCUUAUCUGAGGUUCUCGACCUACAUGUCAUUGAUAUAAAGUAUCAGGUGACCUUAUUAAAACGGUUUACGUAUGUAAUAUAAUACUUAUAUUACAUUAAUUAGGGUAUAGUGAACAGUCUACAACAACGCUGGAAUCAAGCCUACACUACACUGUAGGAUUUACUAGUCAGUAAUCAACACACCAUCGGAUUACAAUAACAGUAGUAUAUCAGUAAUAUUCAUGACGUUUAGAAAAUUGAAUCUAAGACAAUAAAAAAUGUAUAAAUGUAUAUUCUACCACAAUACGCCAUGUUAAUCAACUCUCAGACCAUCAGUUAAUCAUUACAGCUGUUGAUUGACAAUCUGUUUA